AUGGCGACAACACCGGGCCCGUCGGCCGGCCCUUUUCACCCCUACACGCCGACGACGGCCCAACCAAUAAUGACGAAUGGGGCCUGUCCACAGCCCUGUCUCGUACUGCCCACCACCGCCAAGCAGCUAUUGCCGAUCAAGGUUUUUGGCGGCGCGCAGCUUCUUCGAGCUCCGAUCCAGACAAAUGGGCAUCAACGGAUUGCGCCCUACACGAUCGACCCGCACAAAAAGGCGAUCCGGCGGGCGGACAACCCGGAGCUUUUCCAGCGGAUUGUCGGCUCGAGCAUGCAGCAUGUCGCGCAGCCGCAAAAACCGCCGAACGGCCUCUACCCGGCGCUGCCGUCAACGUCGAAAGCUUAUGCGCAGCCGUUGCUACCGAUGUUGAAGAAAACUAUUCCGAUCCCUGCGCAACAGCUAAAAGUUCAGCAACCCAUGACGGCACUUGUCAAAGCGGAACCAGCACCGGAACCCCCGAAGCCGAUCGCUCCAAGAGCCAUUCGCCCAAAAUGCAAAAUCGAGGUGAAAGAGGUGCCGGUCGCCAAUAUAUGCCCACCCGUCUCCCAGCCUCCGGAUUUUCUCAAGGAACGCCUAGACCGGGAGGCAGAAGCGGAACACUUUUUGACUACGGCCAACUAUUACCGGCGGAUGUAUCGGGAUCGGCGAGCUGGACGCGAUAAUGAAUCUACAAAAAUUAUUGCUCUCACGAGACCGUUGGAAAUUGUGGCGGCCAAUGGAAGCCGAGAAGCAAAUAUUUUGAAGGGCUACGUUUUAACGGAUAAGGAGGUGUUGAUCUCUGCGGAAGAAUAUGCCAAUCUGGAAGCCGAAGCGAAACAGCCGGAAAUCAAGAGAAUCGACAAGUCUUUGACGCGCUCUCCGGAAACCAAGCAGAAUGACGAUGCGGCCAAGCGUAAGAAGAAGCGGAAGGAGACCGAACUUCAGAAGUUGCACAACAUGGAUUUCGGGCCGAAGGAGAUGCAAGCUAGGGUUCUCGACGCAAAACGUCGAAGAAGCAGCGAGAAAUCGCCAGGCGACGAGCCCAGGCGGUCGCGGAGGAGGACGAGUACGCUGCAGGGCAAUGGACACCAUGAUGGGCCACCGUAUGAUUCGGAUGGGCCGGCGUUUAGGGAUGAUAGUUGCAGCAUGGCAAAUACCGACACUACGGUAAAUUUCCUCCUCGGCCACACUCGCAUCGCUGCCCUCAACCUCCUCGUCAUCUGCCUCAAAUUCUUCGACAAUUUCCACGCCCACAUCUUCGUCAAGGAAUUGUCUUUCGUGUCGCCGAAAUCCGCAAAAACGGCACUGCACCCGCAGUUCUGUAGUCGGGAAUGUCGACAAAAUCCGAGGAUCAGCGCGCCUGUCCCGACGCCUCUUCCAGUAGUCGACGUCGAGUUGUGCCGCGAAUUGGACCGAAUACUCAUCGAAACCCGUGUCGAUAGUCCUUCGAAAACCAACGAUGUAAAAGGGUCUUUCGUGCCGAGACCCCGAAAACAGCCCCCAGAAUCGCUACGGCGAAUUCGACCCGAUAACGAUGAAAAGGUUCCAUCCCCUUUCGCGAUGAUGCCAGGCGGGCGUGAUCGCUGGCUGAUCGGCUGGGCGGCCAGCAAGUCGCAGCUCAUCGACACUGUGCCGAUCGCUCACUGGAGUACAACCCAAACGGCCGGCUGGAUCCUUGAAAUAACGGGAUCCCGGGAAGCUUGCAGCUAUUUUCUGCAGAAAGGCGUUGAUGGGCAACAUCUGCUACUCCGGCAUACUAUUUACGAUUUGAAUAGGGCCGGUCUGGACCGUUGCCAGGCGCGCGAAGUGCGCACCCUUAUCCCCCGCAUCCUCAGUUAUCAGGCUCAAAAAAAUCUCAAG